UGUACCAAUUUUCGAGUGUUUCAGUUAGAGAGAUAUUAUAGACGCCAUUGUACUAAUUUUAUAUUGUUUAAGUCAAGAAAGAGAAAGACGCAAUUGUACUCAUUUUCAUUGUUAACGUCAAAAGGAAAGAUGAGUAGUAAUAAGGGGAAAGCACUGAAACAACAGAAAACCGUUGCUAAAAUCACAGUCAGAGGAGGUGCACGAGCUAAUAGUUCACAAAAUCGCGUAGAAAAUUCUUCUCCUAAAGCUGGUGGUUCUUCUGAUGGUCACACAACUUCGCUUAGACAAUCGAGCCGGCCAAGAAAAAGAAAGGCCGUUUUCGGGGAGGAUAAUGACACAAUAAUAGCUUCAAAACCUAAAUCUGUUACUCGUGUUACAAAAGUUAACAAACCUGAUACCCCUGAACUAGGUGUAUUUGAAGAUAUCACAGCCUCUCAAGUUGUUUCUGUUCUUGGAGAUCCUCUUCUUACUAGUACCCAGAAAGUCCAUGAAGAGUUACGUGCUGAUGAACAUGAUCAAGAUGCUCAGCCUCUUGGAACGGAAAGUGAUUUGGAAGAUCCAAGCUACAAUGGAGUCAACGAUAACAGUUCAGGUAGCUCUGAUACAGAGAAGUAUGAAGAAACCAGGAACGAAGAAAACUUGUCAGAUGACAAUAACUCAUCCGGAUCUGAUGAAGAUGAUUAUGUUGUACACAGCCAAAGGAAAUUGACCAAGGAGGGAGAUAAAGGAAGAAUCGAGGCAGCUCCUGCUAACAUGAAUACUUUCAACGAGAGUUUGCUUACUGAUAAGUCUGUGUCACGUCCGCAGAUUGUACUUAGCCCAGAAGCCAUGCAAAGAAAAUUUUUUGAGAUGGACCUUAACUUACAUACUUAAAGAACAUUAAACUUACAAUUUAUUCAUGGAAUCAUAUCACUAAUUGCAACUAUUUUAUCGUAAUAGGAAUGAAAACUUUGCUUAAUGUUAGGAAAGUAGCAUGUGAUGAACCUGAAGACGAUGAUAUUGUUCGCGAUUCCAAAUUUAAGUUGCCGUUAAACAAUAUUGCGGAAUUAGAAAGGUUGGAUAAUUUAUUGAAAAUGGACCGUAAAGUCGUAAGAAAAUUGAGUUAGAACUUGCAUUUUGUGGCAAGGAAGGGAACUUCAACAAAACUGUGAGCAACACUUUGAAACACGUAAUUGGCCCUGAUUUAUGGUCGUUUUACACAUUUUGUGGGAUAGAAAGCAAAGCUGGCGAAACCGUUGUUCGCAAAUUCAAAGGCCUUGACGUCUAUCAAUGCAUCGAAAAUGCGAUCCGCAAUAGAUUUCCAAAUGAGACCGUGACUGCUAUACAUGGGAAAUGUAUUGAAGUUUUCACCAAAACAAGGAAUCAGAUGAAGAAAGCCGCCAACAAAUAAACAAUUUAAUAAUUUAUUUUAAAUUGUUUAGUUAUUGUAUUUGUUGACACUUGAAUUUCUUGCAAAAUACAGAUA